AUGGACACGACCGAGCCACGGCGCGGGGCUCCAGAGGAGGGCGACACUGACCCUAACUACAGCCCCGCGUCUUCUGAGAAACAGCAAGAACUCCCCGAUGACUUACCGAAGUCACUAGACGAUCGCCGAUCAGUGCCGGUUUUUCAGGAGACUGAGAUGUACGAUGCGUGGCAAGGACAAUCCCAAUUCCUGACGACCCCGGUCGCCGCAAAACCCCUGAGCUUUAGUCUCGCCCUCGAUGACCACUCGCACGAUUCGGAGCACGAAUUACGGGCACAGUACGGCCGGGACCUGGAGGAUAGUGAUGCCCGUCUGAUGGAAAUGCUUGCGGCCCAGGCUGCCCAUCGUGAGGUGGACUCCUUGGGCGCGGAUGAAGAGAGUAUCGCUGCAGACGAAAAAUUGACUGUUGUGGAGAAACGGGACAUCCUGCAGAAAAGCCUCAACAUGGCGGCAAGCAACGGUGACGUCGAACGUGUGCGGAAACUAGUCCAGGGCCCGAUCAAAACCUACGUCGAUGUGAACAUGCCAGACGAGGAGGGGGCGGUGCCCUUAAUCUAUGCCAGUUGUUUUGGUCACCAAGAUGUCGUUUCGGCUCUCCUCGACGCGGGCGCUUUCGUCGACCAGCAAGACCGUAACCAGUGGAGCGCAUUGAUGUGGGCCAUGACGAAUCGACACAAGACUAUUGCAAAGAUCCUCCUCGAUCAUGGAGCUUCGCCGGAUAUUAAAUCAUCUUCUGGAGGCACAGCAUUCGACUUUGCGCAGCCGGGGAGUGAGAUUUCGGAGUAUCUGCAUGAAAAUGGGUAUAACUUCGGGCCAAGUGCGAUCGAGGAUGAUUUCUAUGACGCGGGACUAGCACAUGGCCGGUUCGAGGAUGAAAUUGCCGAAAAUGAAAUGAAGCGCCGUAUGAUGAUGGAGGAGAGCGCAAUCAAUCUGGAGGUUGACUUAUCGAGUUUAGGCCUCGAUGAGAACUUUGAGCCAUCAGACGACGAAGAUCUUGAAGAAGAGCAGCAAGAGUUUGUUUGGGACCGAUGCCUGAAUGACCAGAUGUUCGUGUUCCAAGAUCACGAAUUGGAACGUAUACUGGAAAUUAUUAUAACCAACAUGACUCCGCAACGCUCUCCGUCUCAAAAACCCGUACCGGCGAAUCUCCUCUUUCUUAGCGCCCGAUAUGCUCACUAUCAUGCCAGCCCUGAGCUGCUUGCGGCUCUCCUCACAUCGGCAACAGAAAAGAUCAAUGAUGUCGUAGAACGUCACCAAUGGGAUAUGACCAUGCAAGCAUUCUGGAUGUCUAAUGCUACAUUGCUGCUCCACUAUCUCAAGAAGGACACGGAACUCGUGGAAGCCACGGUCCAGUUUCAGCUUCAUCUGGCCGAGCUAAUUAACGAGAUUUUCAUUCUCAUCAUUCGUGACGCUGAGCGGCGAAUGAACAAAGUCCUGGAUGCGGCAAUGCUGGAUCAUGAAACCAUCCCGGGUCUUGAAGAUGUCGCGUUUCAAAAUGAGUGGAACAUAUUCCGAAAGAAGAAAUCAGAAGCUCCCGAGCCUGCAGAGAAGAGAUUUCGGCCACCAUCCCCUCGUCGGCGAGCUCAGAUCUCUCCCAGAAACAUAACCUCUCUAUUAUCAUCCACCCUUUUCGUCCUUGACCUAUAUGACGUUCACUCAGUGAUCACUACACAAAUCCUGUCCCAGCUCUUGUAUUGGCUUGGUGCGGAAAUUUUCAAUCGCAUUAUGAGCACCCGACGCUACCUAGCACGAACAAAGGCCAUGCAGAUUCGGAUGAAUGUUUCCACACUGGAGGAUUGGGCUCGUACCAACAACAGACAACCGGAGCACUAUGAGAAUGGGUCUUUGACGAGCACCGGUGAGAGUACAGUUGACUCCGCUCGGCAUCACCUUGCGCCAAUCAUCCAGUUGCUCCAAUGGUUACAAUGCUUCUCUUCUCUUGGCGACGACCAUGAAUCUCUUGUGACGACUCUUCUUCAACUCCAGCAGCUCAGCCCUGUCCAACUCCUGCAUGCCGUGAAGUCAUAUAGACCGGAAGUUGGUGAAAAGGGCCUCACCAAGCCGGCAAUGAAGUUUCUCCUAGAAAUGCAGCGUGAUCCAGAUGUGCUGUACCGGGAGCAAUUUAAGAUCCAAGAGGAAAAGGCGAAGGCGGAUGCAGGACCAGCGCCUGCAUUAGCAUCCGGUGCCACCAAAGAAGACCGGCCAAAGACACCAAGUAAAGACAAAGCCGAUGCCAAUCCACAAGCACCUGGAACCUCCGACCUCGGGGUCGCUUCUCCGGGUUCGGCAGCUGCCCCUUCGCGACCGACUAGCAUGUCGGCUCCAUCCAGAAAUGAUGACCGCCCUAGCAGAAAUAGUAUUUUCUUAGACCCAACGCUCUUCCUCCCAUUUUCCCUGCCAACAAGCACAGACAUGCUCAUCAGCUAUGGCGCCGGACUUGGUGGGACCAACCGCGAGCGUGCACGCAAGUACAUCCCAACCGUUCCGCCAGAAGUACUUACCCGCUUCGAUCGCGGAAACGACGCAUAA